AUGAAGGCAACCAGUGUUUAUGUUCUGUUAUUUUUUUGCUGGAAAAUGAUUUAUUGUGAUUCCUGUGAGCUGUCCAACAUUACAAUAGCUGUGGAGAAGGAAGAAUGUGGCUUUUGCAUCAGUGUGAAUGCAGCCUGGUGCUCUGGUUACUGCUUCACAAAGGAUCCAAAUGAUAAGAGCUUUCCAAUGAAACGUGUCCAGAAUGUCUGCACAUUCAAGUCAAUUGUGUAUGAGACUGUAAAGGUCCCAGGUUGUGCUGGUCAUGCAGAAUCAUUUUAUUCCUACCCAGUUGCAACGGGAUGUCACUGCGAGACCUGUGACACAGACAUUACCGACUGCACCUGGAGAGUCUUGGAGCCAAAUUAUUGUUCUUACGGCCAACAUCGGAUCAGGGAGUGAGGCUUCAUGGUGUUCUUUGUAAUGCUUGCUUUGUAAAACCAUUGUUAACCAAAAAAACCCUGUAAAGAAUGUAAGAGAAAGGGUAAGGCAUAAAGCCAGCCCAUCAGCUUUAUAUACAUGUUGCAUUCUUCUUCAGUAUCCUAGCCAGGGCACUUCAUUGUUUUCUUUGACACUCAAACAUUUAAUGGCCUUUAAAACUCACAUCCUCCAAGUUUUGGCCCUAACCCAUCGUUCCUCUCCCUCCAAUUCUGAACUUUUAUUCCUGCUUCCAUUAUCAACUGAGUAUUCCCCACAUUUCUCUGCUGAGUGUCAGUACUGCCACACUUAUUGUACAUUACAUGUUAUUCUCCUGCUAAUUAUUACUGUCUGUAUGAGGAACCUA